AGGUAGUGAUAGAGAGAGAGAGAGAGGGAGAGAGGGAGAGAGAGAGGGAGGCUCGCGCUGAGAGUACUGAUUGAUGACCGAUACUCAGAGUGAAAGGAGAGGUGGAGAGCAGGUCUGAGAAGAGCUAAGUCCGCUGGCUGUGAUGGCGGUCUCACUGUCUUAAACCGAGUUUGGACCCGGUUUAAUCCUAGUUGCUUACUGUUAGCAUCCCACUGAUAUUGGCCGUCUGUAUCCCAGCCUGCCUCUGCCCUCAGAGAAGACCAAGUGCACCUGCGCUCGCGCGCUCGGUUCACGCGACUCGAGACGCGCUCGUGUACAGCGGACGCUUGGAGAAGAAGCAGAGCGGCGCGCGGCGCGUUAUGGAUUGCCGUCAGAGUUCGGUCACUUUGAAGAAGCGCCGCGUGGAUUUUUGAAGAGAGAGAGGCGGAUUUUUUUUCCUGGCACAUGCAGGCUGGGCUGCCGGGAGGGAACUCGCUUGUUUUUUGAAACUGUGUGUGUGUGAGACUCGGCUGACAGCCAUGUUUCAGCACAAGAAGUGCUUUACUAUCGAAUCGCUCGUUGGGAAAGACUCGGGCCCCACGGCUGCCGGAGACGAGCCCAUCCGGCCCACGGCGCUGCGCUACUCGGAGCCGGUGGCCUCUCCGUUCAGCUGCGCGCAGGGCUCCGGGCGCGCGCUGUACGGCGGAGCCGAGCUGGUGUUCGCCGAGCACAGCGCGCACCCGGCCAACCCCGCGUUGGCACUGCGCCACCUCCACAUGCCCUCUCAGCCCUUCUUCAGCCCGCAGCAGAGGGACAGCUUCAGCUUUUACCCCUGGGUGCUACGCAACCGCUAUCUGGGACACAGAUUUCAGGGUGAGGACAGCAGCCCGGAAAACCUGCUGCUGCACGGGCCAUUCUCCCGCAAGCCCAAGCGCAUACGCACAGCCUUCUCUCCGUCUCAGCUGCUGCGGCUGGAGCGCGCCUUCGAGAAGAACCACUACGUGGUGGGCGCCGAGCGCAAGCAGCUGGCCAAUGGCCUGUGUCUGACUGAGACCCAGGUAAAGGUAUGGUUCCAGAACCGGAGGACCAAGCAUAAGCGGCAGAAGCUGGAAGAAGAGUCACCUGAGUCGCAGCAGAAGAGAAAAGGAAGCCAGCAUGUGAACCGCUGGAGAGCAGCCACUCAGCAAGGCAGCUCAGAGGACAUAGACGUCAUCUCUGAGGACUGACGUUACAUGCCGACAGCAACUUGAGCAAUAACUCUACACGAUACCAUGCACAGAUGCGGGAACUCUGCCAUGGCAGAUAAAGAAACAAACACAGAGAAAACUAAAUAAACAACAACAAUAAUAAAGAAAAAAACAAAAGAAAUGACAUUCGAGUUAUUCGAAGUUCAAGUUGAUUCUUGUUCUAGGCCAUGAACGGCUGUGAAAACUAAAGAAUAGAAUCUGUGCAGUCGUCUGAAAAUGACGUGCAGUUGUGCACGGCAAGGACGACUCAGGCUUAUCUGCUCCAGAAAGACUUGCCAAGACUUCUGUAUGCAAUACACAUAGACCUCUACAAUGUGGGACUCCUAUCACAGAGUUCCGAGGACCGUCUUUUUCAGUGUCCACUCGUUCCUCUGCCAUCUACCUGAACAUUUCUCUCAAAAUGUAUUACAUUCACUCUGGUUAAGAAAACACAUUAAUGGAUAGGUUGUUUGUUUUGUACCAUUGAAUUUGUCACACCGUUCAGCCGCACAGUCCAAUUCACUACAGCUGAAGUUGAAAUAUCUGUACUUUGUGGAUUUUUUGUGUUUUGGAUUGUUUCAUUGAUUUAUACUCAGUACAGUCAAUGGCAGGAUUGAAUAAAUAUCCGGCAGCAUUCAGGAUUCAGCCAGAUCUCAGAAAAAAGACAGAAAAAGAGAAAAUCAUGGAAUUUUGGUCAGUUUCAUAGUACAUUAUUGAGGCCACAUUUAAAAUGUUUUAUCUGUUGAGAAUGAGCAAACCUUUCUAUGCAUUUGAGUGCCAAGUUCGAAAAAUGAAACCUGUUGUUAAAUGUCUUAAUGUGUGAAAUGAUUUUGGGAUAUUUUUGCCUUUCAUUGAGUUGAAUUUAAAUUAACUAAAUUUGAAAAAAGGGGGGAAAAAAUGAAAGGCCAAUGCAGACUCCAGAACUAAUGCCGAAAAGACCCACACACUUCACACUCAAAGGGAAAGCAUUUGUAGUAUAACCUUUAAGGUCCAGAAACAGUUUGUAGCACUUCAUACCAGGUUUUUUUGGGGGGAAUUUGAAUGAAGAGGAGAGGAUGAAAAGAUUGCACUGUAGCCAACACUUCAUUUUUUUAUCUGUUGUCUUGAAAUUCUUUGUUAUUUGUUUCUUGUUUCCUGCAGAUCAUUAGAUAAUAAAAUCAU